GAAGUGAAGUAAUAAGGAAGAGUCGCCAUUGAAAAAUCCAAUCCCUUGACUUGGGUUUCUUGGUAGUUGUUCUUAUGAACUUGUCCUAAGCUUCUCUGUGAGUAACCGCGAUCCUCGCAAAAACACACUCUCCAUUACAGUCACCCUGAAAGGUCGGCCGAAGCUUCGGAGGCAGACCCCUUUGCAGUUAGCAUAUAAUGGCUUUGACCCAAGUAACAUGGUGGGAGUGUGAACCGGGUUUCUCAAUUGCUUCCCUUAAAGAGUUCAUAUUAUAGAUUUGCUUCACAACUUGAACUUUUCCACUGUUCUUUCCAUUGCUUCCCUUUUCAUAUUAUAGAUUUGCUUCACACCUUGAACUUUUCCACUGUUCUUUCCAUUGCUUCCCUUUUCAUAUUAUAGAUUUGAUUCACACCUUGAACUUUUCUACUUUUUUCCAAUAAGAGUUUUACUGAAUUCAGCUUAUGGCUCUUGUGUAGCUUUCGAGAAACGAACUUCUAGACUAGAAGAAGAAAGCUGAGCUCAACUUUAGACAACACUGGGUUCAGUAUCUAGGAUUCAUUUCGUCUGUCAUUUGGUCUUUUCAUCUGUCUCUUUCCUCUUAGUUUGGCCUCAUAGGAAGGGAGAGAGGUAUGGAAGAGAAGAAUGAUGUUGAUAAUAAGGUUGAUGAAGUAAUACUACCUGGGUUUCGAUUUCAUCCAACUGAUGAGGAGCUGGUUGGUUUCUAUCUCAAGAGGAAAAUUCAACAACGACCACUCUCGAUCGAGCUUAUCAAGCAACUGGACAUUUAUAAAUAUGAUCCCUGGGAACUACCAAAAGAGUGUGCAACCACGGGUGAGAAAGAAUGGUAUUUCUACUGCCCAAGGGACCGGAAAUAUCGGAACAGUGCAAGACCAAACCGAGUCACAGGAGCUGGGUUUUGGAAAGCCACUGGAACAGACAGACCCAUCUACUCAUCUGAAGGUACCAAGUGCAUUGGCCUGAAGAAGUCCCUUGUGUUCUACAAAGGAAGAGCUGCGAAAGGGAUCAAAACCGACUGGAUGAUGCAUGAGUUUCGGCUACCUUCUCUCACAGACUCAGCCCCACCCAAGAGGACUAUGGAUAAGAGCAUUCCUGCCAAUGACUCAUGGGCAAUUUGCAGGAUAUUCAAGAAAACCAACUCCAUGGCACAGAGAGCUCUUUCUCACUCAUGGGUCUCUCCAUUACCCGAAACCACUGGAUCUGACAUACUGACUCAAAACGCACACAGCACUCAGUUCAGUUCAGAGAAUAUCUCUUUCACAACUGAAGGUGGAUCUGCCAUCCAGUUUUCUUCUUAUAAUGACUUCCAACAGUCCACAACUACUUGUCUCUCUCUUCCUGACAUUCCCCCCUACAAACCCAUUUACCAACCAAUUUGUAGAACUUCUAUACUUCCUAUUUCAAAUGGAGACCUUCCAGCUGGUUUCAUGUUCUCUCCACAUGAAACGCCAGGUCUUGCUUCCAUGCUUUUCAACUUGUCACCUGCCUUACUCGCCGAUGUCAGUAAAGCCUCCGAGAGUAUAGAUUACUGUGGAUCACAGCAGCAGCGUAAUGGGUUCUCAAUCACUUUACCACAGGAGUUGCAAGGGAACAUGGGUUCUGGUGUAGAGGAGACAUGCUUGAGGAAGAACUCAGAUGACUCACCCACAAUCAACCAGUUGGGAACUGUCAGAUCCAUCGGACCCCCAUUUAGCUUGCCUCCAAAUCUACCAGAUGCAUGGAAGACCAUUUCACCGUGGGAUUAUCCCUCAUGUCCUACGGAGAUGUCCACUAUCUAUUCCACAAACAAAUGCCAUACCUAAUCAAGUUGUUAUACAGUUGAAGUGCUUUUUGUUUGAGAUUUUAAGUGAGCAAGUGUAGUUUCAAAUGAAAAAUAUACUCG